AAAACUAGCGCUUGUUUCUCUUCGAGGGCUUUUCCUCUGAUGCGCCUCAUCUUCCUCUUUCACUUUCAGUGUCGCCGCGUCUUAAGAGCAGCUGCCGCUCACACGGCCAACAAUCAGCAGCCGCCUCCUUCACUGUGCACCACGGCUUGAGUGUGGAAUAGACAGAAGGAGAAGAGCAGCAAAAAUGAUGCCAAGUGUGUGCUGUUGGACUCUACUGCUCGCUUUGCUGGCUAGUCAGCCUGCAGAAACAUCAACUGUAGCUCCUCCCAUCAAUCCUACAGUGCAAUGCUGGUGUGCCAGUUAUCCUAACGUGACCUUUUGCUCCUGGCCUCAACCUGCCGACUCUCAGCCAGUGAAUUACACCGCAUCUUACAUGGAGAGACACCAGCCGUCAGUCACCAAGCAGUGUCAACUCAUCCCCCCCAACUCUUCAUCAUCAUCCUCAUCAUCAUCAUCAUCGGGUCAUCAUCUGCUGUGGCAUUGUCCCCUGCGGGAGCUGAAGCUGCUGACGGACUACAUCAUCAACGUGACCACGCUUUACGAGGGCGGCAGCAGCUCGUCCCUCACCAGCUUCAUGCUGGAGGACAUCGUCAAACCCGACCCCCCCGUGGACAUAAAGGUGUCCCCGCAACACCCCAAGAAGCCUUUAUUGGAGUGGUCGGCUCCUCCCACUUGGACGUACCUGGACAUCGCCCCCUUGAAGUACUACGUCACGUACAAGUGGGACCACAGGGGCAUCGCCAAGUCCGUGGAACUGGGUCCUUUGGAGAACACCAGCAUGGAACUGGACCGUCUUACCCCGGGUAGAACUUACCGCUUCCAGGUGUGCGCCAAGGAGCUGCUGGGUCUGGGCCAGCGUAGUCACUGGAGCUCGCCCGUAACAAUCACGUUACCCAAGAAAAAACUCUAAAAACCAAUUCAAAUCCGACUGUGACGUCAUUGUCUAAUGUGCAUAAUUGGCCAUGAUGUAUGUGCAUGGCAUUGUAAAAAUGAGAGAGGAAUAACAAACAGCGAGUAAAAAAGAUGAAAAGCAAACAAAUAUGUCGCUUAUUUUUGUGUUGUUGUUUUUGUCAUCAUCUGUGGUCUGGAUUAUGUUUUUGUUAUGUUUUGUUAGUUUUUGGACUCUUUUAGUUCCUGUUUGCGCUCCCUUGUUUGUUUUAGUUUCCAUGACGACUUAUGAUUUUCACCUGUCUCUUGCGUUCGGGUCACAACUGUCUCUAAUCAAGAGAGACUAUUAUUUAAGCCUGUCGUUGCCAGUUAGUCGGUCUGGCGACAUUGUUCCUUUCAUGCCAUAGUUCAUGCUUGUAUUCAUGCGAUUGUUUCAUGCUCUGUUCAUGCUUAUUUUCUGGAGAUGCUGAUUGUUUCAUGCUUUGUUCAUGCUGCUCGUUUAUUGCCAAGUAAGUUUUAUUUAUUUAUGCCACAGUUAGCGACUUUUUGUUUCAUGUCCAUAGUUCAGGCUAAGUGUUAGUUUUUGUUUCCUGCAUUAAGUUGUGCCUUCGCCUUGUGCGCCUUUUUGUUUUCACCUAUUUGAGAGUCAAGAAUAAAUAUGUUCCUACCUGCUACCUUUGUCCAGAAAAGUCAGUUUUCAU